GCAACCUACAGNGAACCACCCAAGGCUGGUCCUGAACCGGAACCACCCAAGGCUGGGCCCAGUAAAAUUAAAUGUGGAACUGAACCACCCAAGGCUGGGCCCAGUAGAAUUAAAGGUGGACGUGAACAACCCAAGGCUGGGCCCAGCAGAGUUAAAGGUGGUCCUGGACCCAAGAGUACAUCAAAGAGAGGAUCCAAACCUGGAUCCUCAAAAUCCAAAAGCGGAACCAAGUCUGGAAGCAAGCCUGCAAGCUCAAGACCAGGACCAGUGAUCAUAAACGGACCCUCAAGAACUCAAGCUACAUCAGACUCAAGCAGCGAUUCUUCUUCAGAAGAAAAUAUAACACCUAGAUGUCGAGCAGCCCCUACAGAGAGUCGCGCUCCGCAGGAGGAUCCCGCUCUUGUAGCACAAAUGGGCGGGAUGAAUUGCCCGUGCCUGCCUUCAAAUUAUGCAAUACAACGACGAUACCAAAAAUGUCAAAGGAAAGAAACUACAGAUGAACCACCCAAGGCUGGUCCUGAACCGGAACCACAAGAUCAAGAAGAACCUACAGAUGAAUCACCCAAGGCUGGUCCUGAACCGGAACCACAAGAUCAAGAAGAACCUACAGAUGAACCACCCAAGGCUGGGCCCAGCAAAAAAAAUUGUGAAACUGGACCCAAGGCUGGACCUAGCAAAAAAACUUGUGGACCCAAGGCUGGACCCAGCAAAAAAACUUGUGGACCCAGCAAAAAAACUUGUGGAAUUGGACCCAAAAGACCUGGACCAUUAAAAUCUAAAAGCUCGGCAAGCUCAAGAGGACCAAACAUCAUAAACUCAAGAACUACAGACUCGAGCAGCGAUUCGUCGGAGGGAGAAAUAACCUCCAGAUGUCGGGCAAAAACAUCUAGGCCUACAGAGAGGAGUCGCGCUCCGCAGGAGGAUCCCGCCCUUGUACCACAAAUGGGCGGGAUGAAUUGCCCGUGUCUGCCUUCGCAGGAAAUAAUGUUGCGUGCAGCCUUCC